GACCUUGGACACGUGAGCUAUCUACCUGUCAUUCUUCAAAAUGGCUGCCUGAAGUUGGAUUCCUGUUGUCGAGUUAUUCAUCACUACUGGGUCUUUCAGUGGAUGAAAUUAUGGCUAAGCUGUCGAGUACUUCGGUUGAAAAGUCACUGAAGGCAUUCAGCGCGUCCCUGGAAGACCUAACGUUCAAUUCCAAGCCCAUCAUAGAUGAGUUGACAAGAUUCGCCGGGUCCUACAAUCAACUUGCUCCUCAGGUGGUCCAGAGAGUAGAAGAGCAUAUUCUGGAGGUUCGUCCUGAUAAGAAGCUCCCUUCUCUCUACCUGCUUGAUUCCAUUCUCAAAAAUGUCAAGGGAGAAUAUUUACAGUUGUUCUCAAAGAACAUCGUUCAUAUUUUCUGUCACUGUUUUGAGAAAUUGGUCAAUCCGGAUUCCCGCAAAGCUCUGUACAAGCUCAGACUGACAUGGCCUCAGUACAUUGAGAAUAGAAAGCUGGCACUUAUUGACAAGCAUGUGAAGGCCCUAGACCCAAACUGGCCAGUGACUGCUGUUCAAGAGGACCCUCCUAGCCCGACCAUAUUCGUAAAUCCAAAGUUCUUAGAGCCUUCUGGCAAAAGCAGUAGUGUACCCAACAAGACUAGUUCAAGAAACCAUGAUCCCAUCCCUGUGAAGAAUCGCUCAUCUCCAAAGCCUACGAUACCUGUCACUGUGGAAGUACCUUCCAUUGAGAAGAAGAGUUCUCCAAGGAAAGUCCACAGCAAAAAAAAAGAAGUACAAUUAACAAUUCAAGAAAAACGGAAAAAAUUGCUCCAAGAAAAAAAAUCUCAAAGGAUUAAGCAGCAACAAGAAGCCCUGGGUCUUUCACCAGAGAGAAAGGUGAAGGAAAUUAGGAGAGGAGGAGAAAGCUCUCGCACUCCCCCUAGGAGUCGUGACGUUAGUCCCCUCACAGUGCCCUCCCCUCGAGCCAGGAGUGCCAGCCCUCGCACUAUGGCAGACAAAAAUUCUGCUAGCACCACUAAGCUUUCAAGUCACCCUGGAAAGGUCAAUACUGAUACGAAAGAGGUAACCCCUCCACCUGAGAAACGGCCCAAGCUUGACCCUGACCAAGAGCACAACCCUGAGCCUAAACCAGUUGUCACUGACCCAAAAGAGGUGGCUAGCAAUGAAACUGCUAAGAUGGACACUGAUGCUCCUAAGAUGGACACCGGUGCUACAUCAUCUGCUGACAUAGAACAUAGGCCUCUCAAAGGGUCACAUUUACAGUUGGACGAUAUUCCACCUGAGCUAUUGCCUAAGCACCAUGAGCUCAUUCUAAAACAGAUACAGGCACAACUCAACAGUGGUAGUCUGAGUUCAGAACAGCACAGCACGCUCUGUAAGCAAUUGGACCAUCUCUAUGAACUACAAAACCAAAAAGAAAUGAGCAUAGCUAAGACCCAAAAGGAUGCUGAACAGACAGUUGAUAAUAAUGAUAAACGUAGUGUUCCUUCAGACGAAUUCAUUAGUUUAUCUGGCACCAAUUCUGAUUUACCCUUUUUUGUUGAUGCUCAUGGUAGUAGUAGUAGUAAUAAUAAUUCUGAUUUCGGCCCCAAUCAAGAUAGUCACCAUGACUACCGUGGUAGACCACGUCCACAGAACAGGUUCUAUUCAAGGCGUCCACCUCAAGGUCCAUACAGAGGGGACCCCAGACCACCGUUCAGAGGGAGACAUAGACCACCAUGGCCCAACAGGAGACCAAGAGGACCCUCUGGCCGUUACUUUAACGAGUUUGAUGGACCACCCCCUCACAUGGGCCGUGGAAGAGGUCGCAUGAUGUCUGGCCCACCCCCACCCAACUGGCAGGAAUCACCACAAGGUGGAAGCUACCCUCCUCACGGAUCUGCUCCACCCCCUUCGGUGGACGUCUCCAAUCUUAUCAACCAACUGGUAGGCUAUGGUAUGAUUCGAUCAGAUGGCAGCGCCAAGGGUCAAGAUGUCAAGAGUGCUCCAGCUACUGUUCCUACUCUCAGCUUCACACCAGCUACCCUCAAACAGAGAUACAGUGCUCUCAUUGAUGUGCUUCACGUUGGGGAGCAGUGUGGCACUUGUGGCAUUCGGUUCUCAAGUAGCUCUAGUGAAGAGUAUGAGAAACAUCUGGACUGGCAUUAUAGUCUCAACAGGAGUGAGGGGCAAACUAACACCUCUCGAAACUGGUUUAUCCAUCCAGAGGACUGGCUCAAGUUUGAAGAGCUUUCAGAAGAUUCUCAAGAGAAAGAGGCCACACUGAAGCCCCCUGGUGAGCCCUUAGAAGAGGAGGAAGUGACAGCUUCUAGUGGAGAGGCAGUCAGUAGCUGCCUGGUACUUUUAGGGGAGGAUAAUGAGGUGUGUACCAUCUGUCAAGAGCCAUUGGAACAAUUCUGGGAAGAGGACUUGGAAGAAUGGCACUAUAAAGACGCAACUAGGAUUCAAUUAUCAGGAAAGCUCUAUCACACAUUCUGCUUUCAAGAUGCUAAAGAGGACGACCUCAAUGCAAGCAACAACUCGGCGCAACCGUCAAGCCCUGAAGUGAAAGUACUGGACAGUCAGUGAACAAUUCAGGGCAAUAGCUGCAACUUUUAUUUAUGGCUGUGUAUUAAUUUUGUACUUGUACUAUAAUUAUUCAUGCGUAAUAAUGAAUUUCCCUUACAAA